AUGCCUAGCGAAAAACGAGAACCAAGCGGAACAAGACCACAGACUGCCAAAACGGAGCCACCUAAACCAGUAAGAUCAGCAUCAACAUCUGCAAGACGUUCAUCAAGACUACAUGCAUCCACGGAAACAGAGACGAAGGAAAUAAUACCAGGAGCAACUGUUAUAAAGCCAGGUCCAGCAGCUACACCGGAAUCUAAACCCGCUGUUCCUCUGGUACAUCCACCGACAGUCACUGCCUCCACUAGGAAUGUAUUAACAACAAAUCCAAAUGUCAAUCCUUCAACUUCAUCUUUCACUGUUUCUCUCUAUGCGUUGAGAUACUUCAUUAAUUCCGAUAAAGUAAAACUACAAGCUGUUUUUGCUUCGAAAUUUGUACAAGAUUUUAAAAAAAUAGCUCGACUAUCCAAAGAAAAGAAGCAGGAUUAUAUUCCAUCUGUGUUUCAACUCUCUGCAAAUAUUCAAAUAGAUAACGACGGCAUUUCAUAUCUUGUGACGGAAAACGCUCGUCAUCGUUUUACCAACUACUCUUUGCGUGUGGAAAAGCUAAAUCGACUUUUCGCAAAUCUCCAAUGUGAUGAAAUAAUAAACAGAUCAAUGAACAGCGAAACUUCACGCACUCAGUUCAUUUUUGAUUUACGAUUUCCACGUGGUACCAAUACAGCUGAUCUCGGCGCAAAUGUUGCAGUUUGGGAUCAACUAUGUUUUUUCACUUACUUCAUAAUUCACAGUGAACAACUUGAUUUAUUUCCCGCAUUAAUAAACCAAUUCGCAAUCUUGAUACACAGUGAUGAACUUGAUAUGACUUCGGACAAUUUUAUUACUUUCGCUGACACAGCAUACACAUACCUCAGCUAUAUCGAUCAUAAUCUAGAGAACCCUGCAUAUCUUCGAGUCAUUAUACAGAUCUGGGGAAUUUUACCACUUAAAACAACAAAUCUUUCUUUUGCUGAGCCUACCGUUCGCUUGUCCGCAGUAACUAUACUCAAGGUUGCAUUAAAGAAUCUAUCUAAUUUAAUUGUUAACAUGGACCCGACUGAAUGGCCUUUAAUCAAAGAUGGUUUGGUACUUUUGAUGUAUAUUGAACUAUUAAGUUCGAAUAGAGAUUUCGAAUUUGAUUCGAUUAGUGCAUUCGUCGAUGAUAAAAUUAAAACCAAGCCGAAACAGGAAAUAGUACAUUCACUACUAGAAAAACUUCUUGAAUCUCAAAAGUGUAUUCAACGAGCUAAUUGGACCGAAUUAUUAAAAUUCAUAUCUAAAAAUAAGUCUAUGUGCGAUUAUCUCAAAUUGUCAUCGUCAUUUGAUGCAUUUUUUCUUUGUACAAAAUACAUUCUACAAGUCUCUCUGAAUGACGAUGUUGCUCAAACUCGUAUGAAACAGAUUUUUAAUGAAAUGAUUAGUAAGCAGAAGCUCGAUCUUCGAUUAAGUGAGAUCGUCUUGAUUUUAAAAUUUUUGCAGGAUCCAUUACCAGAAAAUGAGAAUGAAAAAAAAUCGACAGAAUUUAUACAUUCCAUGGUUGAAACCAGUGUAGCCCUACAGGAUAGGAUAAAAAGCUAUCUCACAAAAUUAAUAAUUAAGGAGACUGAUUUGACACUAUUGUAUGAUUUGUUUCAAUAUUAUAAUCCAAUCUUACUAUUCAAUAUUGAUAAACAAACGUAUUUGCUGAAAAUUUUCAAUCAAUAUGAACCGCGCUCGUUUGGAUUUUAUACGAAAUGGUUUCGAUAUUUUUUAUGUGAUAAGAAUUAUGUUGAAACAACUCAAGAAUGGUAUUAUUUUGAAUUUUUGAUAAAUAAAUGGUUGGAUAAAGUUGUAGAAGAUCGUGGCCUUUUCCGUCAAAUUAUGAUUGAAAUCGAUAAUCUAAUUGAUCAACUUAGUCGUGUUGAAAAUAAUAAAGCAAACAAUCGACGCUUGACCUAUUUCGUCAAGAAUAUAAUUGAUAGAAAUUUCAAACGAAGUUCUUUAUCCGAUGCUAUUAUUAAUGUUGGAACAAAUGUGAGCAAUAAAAUCUUUCUUGAAGAAUUCGAAAGAAAAUUCAAAGAAGAACAUUUUCUUCCAAAUAUAAAUAAGAUAAAAGAGAUGCAAUCGUUUAAUAAUCCUUUGCUAAUUUUGGCCGAGCUGUACAAGGGAAAGGAAGCUGUGGAUCUGGUUCAACAUCUUAUUGAGAUAUGUUGUGAUGCAAUCGAAAUCGGACAUGAUGAACUACUUGAACAUACAUUGGACAGACCAUCAAAAGAUACGUUAACAUAUUUUAUGUUAUUCGAAAAAUGUUUUAUCAAAAUAUCCCUUCGUCAAAAUAUUCUUAAUCGACUUCAGAAUCUUUGGAAUUUAUGGGAAGAAAAAGGACUGCAAGCUCGCCAAAUAAUACAUUGGCAAACGUUUACUUCCAACCAGGAAUUCUAUUUCGAUGAAAUAUGGAACAUAGUUGGAAUAUAUGCAAAAAAAACUUACAAAGUUAAUAAACUAUUCGAUAAACAGUAUCAAGAAAUGCUCAAAAUGAUAAAAUUGAAAGAAAACAUUGCUAAUUGUCUCAAUGCAUAUUGUGUCGAAAGUAUCGAUAAAGAAAAAUAUUUAGCAGCUCUUGACUCUUUGCAACGGAAAAUCGAUGAAGGUCGAAUACAAGGAAUUACUGUUGAACCUGAACUUAAACGACUGGAACAAUUAGCCGCUCGUCUUAGCCAAGUUUCAAAAUCACAUGCUUGGAUACAUUACUAUAUCAAACAAAUACACAAUCAAGAAACUUCAACAAAUGCGGCAAGCAAACGUUCCGCCGAGGCUGCCGAAACUGUUGAUAUUGAUUUACUAUUCGAUAAGGGAGAAGAGCGACCAGCUGCUAGUGAAAAAAAACGUAGAAGUAUUUCGAAAGUAAGAUCUAGCACACCCGAUGAUCACCGCACAACUAUAACGACUGAGAAUGUACGAAGUAGAAGAGAAAUUAAUACAAAAACUACAUGUGAAGAAACACUAGCAAACGCAAAUAGUUUGUUUGACCAAUUUGUUGUUGAAUUGGAUCGACUAUGCACCAAAUGGAAAGAAUUACCAAUGGAACAGUUGCUCAAUAUUUUUCCUGGUGCUGGCUUCAUUGAAUCUGAUACGACAAUUCUCAAAGAAUUUCUUCAAGCUGAUGUGAUACCUGAUUUACGUUUGAUAUUUACAUUUUGGACAAAUCGAAAGCAUCUACAUGAUCUAGCAUUUGGUUUUGAAGAUUUACUCGAGCGAUUUCAAAUUUCUACUAAGACCGGUUACAAGAAAACUUUCAAUGAUUUAAUCAAAAUCAAUGAAAAAUCGAUCGCUGGUGAUUGUUACGAUAAUUAUCGGCAUUAUUUAGAAACUAUCGAGAAUGUUUAUUCAACAGAUAUACUGAGUUUGUGUGCGGCAUUGCAUGUGUCAAAGGAAUUGAUGCAGUUUUUAGGGGAUCUUACUGUCAAUGAUGCUGAUAAUCUUCUUGAGGCAGUAAACGAUUGGGACGAAACACUUAUUAGUACCAAGUCUGUCAUUGAUUUUGUUAAACUCAAAACAUUUUUUAUAAAUACCGACGUAUCCAUAGAAGAACUUCGCUCACACCAGACAGAGCUUGUCUUUGAAGAUGUCGCUAAAUGUUUCGAUGUGAUCUUUAAAGAUGAUGAAUUUAAGAAUGUGAUUGAACUAUUUGAAACGUGCUCACAAUCUGUUGCAGGCAUCAAACAUCUCUAUCUUGAACUUACGAAUAAGGAACAAUCUAAACGACGAUGUAUUAUGGACAUUUUGUCACAUUCAUCAUUGUUGUUUGUGAAAAAUCUUAGUACCGAACGUUUAUUUGAUGUGAAAAUAAAAUCAAAAAAUCUUACAUUCGACGAUUUAAGUGAAUUACGAGAUCGAGCUCGAUUAAUUGGAUAUUCAAAUUUGCACAACAAAAAUGAAGAUCAUAAUCGAGAAAUUGAAAAACUAGAAUCAUUCGUCGAACUAGUUGGUGUUAUUGAAGACGUAAUAAAAAAUCUUUCGGCUCUCUACAUAGCUGGCUUUCCAACAGUCACAGAUAUUAUUGAUUAUCAAGUUGUUACAUGUAGCGCAGGCGACUAUCAAGAUCUUCAUUGCCUAUACAAAAAUCUGGAAGAAAAACUAAAAUCAUGGGAACAGCUCUUGUGCCAAAUGUAUGAAAUAUAUCCCGAAUUGACUUAUUUCUCUUAUGAACAAUUUCAAACAGUGGAAAGUUUUCUCUACAACGCCAAAAUUGAAGAAAACCAUCCAGGAUAUCAUCUACUCAAGUAUAUCGGGUUUGAACCGGUUUUACUUCAACAAUUCACACUGCCAGAAAAACCCGACGGUGAAAACGAACGUUUGGAAAAUCUGGGUAAAAUCUUGACAACACAACGCUCUCGUUCUGAUGACCAUGCAGACUUUGAACAAGGUUAUACAGGUCACACGGCAAGUAUUUUGUUUUUCGUUUAUUACAUGGUUCCAUAUGAUUGA